GACUAUUGAGGACAUGUAUUUCCACUGUUAGAGUGGUCACUGGGCUAUAAUAUAUCAUCUUUGGCAGAGCCCAACAAAUGUAUCCUGAUCAACAGCAUCAAUAUAACAGAGAUUUGCUUCCAUCCCUCAACCUGGCCUCGAACCAGGAACCCUCGAAACACACAGAUAUCGGUCCCCACGAAGCAUAGCUACCUAUCGCUCCACAAAAGCCACGGCCCGUACGGAAUUAAGGGAAACAACUACUUCAGUCUCAGAGCGAGUGACGUCGCCGAUUAAACGCUACUAGCGUACACCGCUAACUAGCUAGACAUUUCACAUCGGUUAUAUUAUGUCAUUUCAACAAAAGGUUAAGCCAAAUUGGUCAAAUAAUUGAGCUCAUGCGCUGAUCAUGAAUUCCAUUGCAGUAUGCGGCGAUAUGUGGCUGGAUGUUGAGGUAUAGAGUAGUGUUGUCAACAGUGUAGAAGGACUGGAAGAAACCGAGAACGCUCGCUCGAGCUCUUGCAAAAAUAAUGAAUAGAUAGCAGAAUAGAAUCGAGGAGGAAUUCUCAACUCAUCGAGGUUGAAAAAGAGUAGAUUAACGUUACAUUCUUGCAGAAUUUACUAUAAUUCACAAAUAAUGGCGACUAAAAGGACGGUAAUAGUGACAGGGUUUGAACCUUUUGGCGAUCACACCGUGAAUGCUAGCUGGGUGGCAGUGCAGGAACUGGAGCGGUUGGGCUUGGGUCAGAGUGUGGACCUAUAUGUCUGUGAGGUGCCAGUGGAGUACCAGGCAGUUCAGAGUCUACUGCCAUCUCUAUGGAAACAGCAUCAGCCACAGUUGGUGGUCCAUGUCGGGGUCUCUGGGAUAGCCACCACAGUCACCCUGGAGAAAUGUGGCCACAACCACGGCUACAAGCGGGUGGACAACUGCAGCUUCUGUCCAGACUCUCAGUGUUGCAUGGACGGUGGUCCUGACUGCAUCGAUUCAGUCAUAGACAUGGACCUGGUCUGCAAGAGGGUCAACUCCUCAAGGCUUGGCGUGGCAGUGUCAGUAUCAAAGGAUGCAGGCCGAUACCUGUGUGACUACACCUACUACACGUCGCUGUACCUGGGGAAGGGCAGGUCAGCGUUUGUGCACGUUCCUCCACUAGAGAAACCGUACAGUGCCCAGGACCUUGGCAGAGCCUUGCAGGCCGUAGUGGGGGAGAUGCUGGAGCUUGUGGGUCAAUCUGAGGAUGAUGACCAUGACCACCACCACUGCAGCCACCAGCACCAUCAGCACGCUCACUAAAGAAUGACUUCCGGUGACCUCUGUCCUCAACUCACUGCUCCUGUCCCCAAUGGACAGAUAAAGCACUUAAAGCUGGAAUCCUUAAUUGAAACAAUAACAAAGUGGUGACCCCGCCUCUGUUUUGGUAAAAACCUGAGGGAUGGGCCUGAAGAAAUGUAACCACUCUCAAAUUCAUAGACAGAGCUAUAUGCUGACUGACCAUCCAUGAUAUCAAAAUGAUAGUUUUAACCAUGUUUUGAGGAUAUAGUGUUUGUUUACAUUUAGUUUGCAUACAAACAUUGUAGUACAAGAAGCUUAUCUUUUGGGUUCUGAUGGGGUAUGAAAUUUGACCUAAGCUCAUGAGGCAUUCAUAAGUUAUAUUCGUCAAGAAUCAAUGGUUAUAUAGCACAAGUCCAAAAAUGGAUGUAGCAACUAAAGAUUCUAGCUUUAAGGACAGAUACAACUGAUACCCCACUAAGCAGUAGCUAAAGAGAGGGCUAUCAGCACUCCCCCUGAACUAGAGAAAGGGAGAGUAUGUGAAUGAGAAUAGGCAGAGCAAUGGAUGGAUCCAUCAGAGGAGGAUGGUGGGAGGGGCUAUAGGAGGACAGGUUCAUUUUAAUGGUUGAAAUGGAAUCAAUUGAAUGGUAUCAAACACUUUGAAACAGCGUGUUUGACUCCGUUCCAUUGAUUCCAUUCCAACCAUUACAAUGAGCCCAUCCUCCUAUGGCUCCUCACACCAGCCUCCUCUGGUAUACACGUAUAUUAUACCAAUGGCUCUGGGUAUGGAUAUUUGACUGUAUUUCACAAAGAAACUCUUCUUUUUUAUUUUAUUUAAUCUUUAUUUAACAAGGCAAGUCAGUUAAGAACAAAUUCUUAUUUACAAUGACAGCCUACCAAAUGGCCUCCUGCGGAGAUGGGGCUGGGAAUAAAAUAAAAAUAUAGGACAAAACACAUCACGACGAGACAACACAACGCUACAUAAAGAGAGGCCUAAAACAACAACAUAGCAUAGCAGCAACACAAGACGACACACUGUAAUGGUCCAAUAAAUGAUGCUGUAGAUGAGAUAACCAUUGGCUGCGUUUUAAACUCAUAAAAGACACACCCUAGUCCACUUAUCCUCGCUUUAUGCUAUGCUCUUGGAGUAAUCCCUGCGGCCAUCUUUGGCCGUCGGUCCAAACGAUUAGCCAAAGCAAGGGAAGUUCGCAACGUAAAUCCCUCAGCCCUCGUUUUUUAUAGUUUGUAGUGUACAAUUAUGUUCACUUCGGGGCUUGAGACGCCCCAUAAUUCAAUUCGCGUCUCGUAAAAGUAAUUAUGUUUUUGUUUGGUUAGCUUUUGGAAAUUGUAUAGAUAAAAAUGUUUCCUUCUUCAGAAGUUCCAGCUAGGCAGGCUAAUGUUAGUUACAUUUACAUUUACAUUUAAGUCAUUUAGCAGACGCUCUUAUCCAGAGCGACUUACAAAGUUAGCUAAUAAAUUUGCUAGCUAUCAUACAGUAAGCGUAUAUUAAUAAUUAUAUAGUUAAUAUAAGUAGACAUGCGAUCAUAAUUGACUGUAGCGCAUAUAAAGCACCCACAAGCUACCGGUGGCUGAAAACACAAUAUUCGUGGGACGAACGAGUGACGAAAUUCCGGGCAAGGGCAGUCCAUUUAACAUUCCUUCCUCCCUUGCCCCUUGCCCGACAAGUGUAAACUCGUCAGACGUCAUGGUACGUCAUCAGACGUUUGAGGGCUGAGGGGAGAGGGUGUGUCUUUGAAGUGUUUGGAAAGCAGCCAUCUUUGGAUAUUCAGUGUGCACUGAUGUGUGCUUUUAAGCCACAUCGUCCUGACAGCUGUAUGACUGGCUGCUUCUCACUAUUUUAAAUAGUUCCCUUUUUAGUUCCUUAUUCCCCUCACAAAUCACUCUCGCUUUGACAUAAUGGUCAACGUAGCGUGCCAUUUCUUGUAUCAUCUCUACCCCCCCCCAUCAUGUGUUUAAUAUUUGUUGUGAAAUUGUACAAUAUCAGUAUAUUGUAUAGUGUACAAUAUAAGGACACAACAAUAUGUUUUCUUUGAUUAAUGUACUUCAACCAUGUGUUAUUAUCUCAGGUAAUUUAUUGCAUAUACAAUCAAUAUUUGCAAUGUGAUGAAUAAUGAUAUGGAAAUGUUUAUUUUGUCUUUGGUAUCUGUAUUCUCUACUUCAGAAUAUGGUCUAAUGCUGUGAUUAAACCACUUAAAGGAAAAUUUAAGCCAAUAUGCUUAAGCCAUACCAAGUAAAAUAACUAUUGGUAAA